GAGUCACUUCCCAGGCAGCAAACUCUGGGAGUGGCUGUACAGAGCGCUCAGUCACAGAUGACAGGCUGAGACUGCAGUGCCCAAGCUUUCCAUGCCCCAAAGAGCCAGGCCUUUCCAGGCUCUGAUCCUUCCUUUGUAUAAGGAGAGCGCUAGGCAGCUGCAACCGGAGGCUCUUUCCCAGGCCGGUAUUCUAGACCAUAGGAAUCACGUCCUUCAGAUACUCAUGGCGGAAGAAGGGUCUGUCCUCAAGAUGACCAGGGACCUGAAGGCUGCUGUCUCCGCCAUCCUCCAGGGCUACGGGGCUGGGCGGCAGCCGGUGACGGAUGCCAGUGCUGAGCUGCACAGACUCUGCGGCUGCCUGGAGCUUCUGCUGCAGUUUGACCAGAAAGAGCAGAAGAGCUUCCUGAGGCCUCGGAAAGACUAUUGGGACUUCCUCUGUGCAGCCCUGUGGCAGCAGCGGGGGGACACGGAGCCAGUCCGCUUCGUCCAUUCACAGGACAAGUUGAAGACUCCGCUGGGGAAAGGCCGGGCCUUCAUCCGCUUCUGCCUUGCCCACGGACAGCUGGCCGAGUCCCUGCAGCUCUGCCUCCUGAACCCAGAGCUUACCAGGGAGUGGUAUGGCCCCCGGAGCCCUCUGGUGUGCCCUGAACUCCGGGAAGACAUCCUGGACUCCCUCUAUGCUCUCAACGGGAUGACCUUCGACCUGGACCUGCAGCGGCCAGACUUGGAUGGGGCCUGGCCCAUGUUCUCAGAAUCCCACUGCUCCAAUUCCAGCCGGACCCAGGGAAGAAGACCCAGAAAGACCAAAGAUUCCCCGAAGGAGAUAUCAGCCACAUGUGGGAACUCCACAGAAGUCCACCUAGAGGAGCCACACACAAGCCAAGCCAGCUGUCUGCGAGAUGCACCCAGGGAAGACGGGUUGGCUGGACUUCCCAGGUCCCAGCAACACUGGCAUCAUCCCCACUUUUUGGAAAAGAAGAAGGAAGAUCCCAGGAGCCUUGGGUCCCCCCCGAGCAUGUGGGAACUAGAGGGGGAGGAGUUUCAGCAAGACCAGGAGAAAGGAGCUCCAAGGACAGGGAUCUGCCUGGAGGACUCAACACCCACCAUCCAGGGACAGGGGGAGGGGGCCAGAGAUACCCUGAAGGAAGUGAUAGGGUCAGAGGCUGAGGUCAAGGGAGCUUUGCUGGGUGUGGAGGGCCAGAGGACAGCAGAGGGGACUCAUGAAGGGGAAGCAGAGGGGAGUCAUAUCCAUAGACUGCUGGCCUCCAGCUCCAAAGGGACAACAGGGGAUGUAGUGUCAUGGGGCAAGCAGGAUGGGAAGGUGCCUAGUAUCCCAGGGGAGCUCUGGGUCCUUCAGGGCCUGGGAACCAAGGAAGACUCCACCGCAGAGAAGCUUCAAGAGCAGACAGGAGUGACCAGUGUGACCAGGAGGGAGGAACAAGCAGAGAUGGCCUUGCAGGAUGUCGUCAAGAGCCUCAGACAUGGGCUGCAGAAAACCCAGGAGCAAGCCCAGCACCAGGAGCAGCUGCUGAAGGAGCAGGAAGGGGAGCUGAAGGCACUGCAGGAGCAGCUCAGCAGGUGUCAGGAAGAGAGGGCCCAGCUGCAGGCGGAGCUGGAGCAGAAGCAACGGGAGGCUGAGAGGAAGGACGCCGUGUACGAGGAGGAGCUUGGCGGGCAGCGGGACCUGGUCCGAGCCAUGAAGAGUCGGGUGCUGGAGCUGAUUCAGGAGAAGGAUAUCCUGUGGCAGAAAGUCCAGCAUCUCUCUUCCAUGGCCUCUGGAUGCUGUGUCGUCUGCAGCAAGAUCUUUGGCCGGUUGUCUCGGCGGUACCCAUGCAGGCUCUGCGGAGGCCUGGUUUGCCAUGCCUGCUCUGUGGACUACAAGAAGAGAGAGCGCCACUGCCCACCCUGCUCCCAGAGGAGAGAUGCCCAGGUUCUCUGACCGAGACACAUCCAGGACUGGCUGCUCCAUCCCACCAGACCCCUCCCCUUGGCCCUUGCCGGCCCUCUGAUCUGACCAGUCCUGCCAUCUAAGGCAGACAGCGCUUGAGUGGACAGACCGUGGUGUGGAAGGUGGAAGGAGCCGGGGUGGCAGUCAGGAAAGAGGUUCUAACCCUGCAUCUCCCACUGAUGAGCCGGGUGACUUUGGCAGAGCUGUCAGGCUUUUCUCGUACCAUGAGAGAGUGGGCGCCAUCUUGGUCUAAAGUCCUUUCAGGCUCAGAACGUCUUGUCCAAGAAUAAGACCUGGCGGUCCAGGUGUUUCCCCUCCACCCUCAUUCCUCAGUCAGCCCACCCUUCACGACAUGGGGGAGCUUCCUUUCUGGAGUCUGCUUUGGGGGGUCUAUGUUGUAUUUUAUCUCUAACAGCUUUCUUCAGGUACUAUUAACAUAUAAUACACUUUACAUAAAAUCUGAUGGUUCUGACUUUCAUGUACACCCUGAAGCCAUCACUGUAUUCAAAAUAACAGACACAUCAUCCUCAGCCCCAGUUUCCUUGUGCCCUUUGUCAUCUCUAGCCCCCAGCCUCUCUCCAUCCCCAGGCAACUACUUACUUGCUUUCUGUCACCAGGGACUAGUUUGCACUUUCUAGAAUUUUGUACAAAAAGAAUCAUGCAGUAUGCACUUUUUAUUAUCUGCCUUCUUUCACUCGGCAUAAUUAUUUUAUCAUAAAAUACUGUUGAGUAGUAAUUCCACUGCAUGGAUAUACUGAAUUGGUUUACACAUUCAGCUGUUGCUGAUACUUGGGUUGUUUCCAAUUUGAAGUUAUUACAAGUAAGUUUCUUCUCA